CGUUGGCAGGAAGAACUGCGUGGCUGAAAAAAACUGACACGUGGAUCAACACUCCCAGUACCAGGAAAAUACAGACUUUAAGUUGACUGUAGUUAUAGGCUAGCUGUCGAAACGCCCAUGCUUGCUUUAACGUUACCUGUUCCGCGGAAGGUGUAGCUAGCUUACGUUAGCCAUUUAGUUGUAAAGAGAUGGUACUGUAUGGCCUCGGGAUCAAAUCAUUAUUAUUUUCCCCAAGACGUCCUCGAACUGCUGAAUUUUAGCCUGCAACAGAAACAUCUCUCAUUGAAUGGCAAUUUUACAAAAACAUGGAAAGAAUUCCAAUCUGGAUUUGGCCAACCUCAAAGACAACCCCCCAGACGAUUUCGGUACAGCUGGAUCUCAGAAGAAGUGGACAGAACCGAAUUCGAACUGGUCGAGACCACUAGCGCGGAUAUGGACGGUAGUUCUCCUGUUAGGUACCUGCCUGCUGUAUUGUGCUCGGGUCGCAAUGCCGAUCUGUGCUGUCAACAUGGCGGGCCAGUUCAAAUGGAGCAAGAGCGAGUCAGGAAUGGUGCUGGGCAGCUUCUUCUGGGGCUACUGCUUUACCCAGGUCCUUGGGGGCUAUGUCAGUGACAGGGUGGGUGGAGAGAAGGUCCUCCUCCUCUCUGCUGCUGCCUGGGGUGCAAUGACCGCCUUUACCCCCAUUCUGGCUCACCUCUGCUCCCAACCCAUAGUUUCCAUGACACUGGCCAGGUUCCUUGUGGGACUACUUCAAGGUGUUCACUACCCUUCACUGGCCAGUCUUUGCUCACAGAAGGUUGUUGAGAGUGAAAGAGGAUUCCUGAUGAGCACAGUUGGAAGCGGCUCUUACCUGGGAACCUUGGUGAUUGGGGGUGUAGGCUCCCUGAUGCUGGAUCUCUACGGGUGGGAGAGUGUCUUCUAUGUGUCAGGUCUGCUGGGUGUACUUUGGGCCUACUGCAUGUGGAAGUAUCUAUUAAAAGGGGAAGGUCCGAUCAUCACAUUAGAGUCAUUGGGAAGUGCUGGCGCACAGUCGAAGAUGUCCAAGAGACACUGGCUGCGCUUGUUCAGGCACCCAGCUGUGUGUGCUGUGAUCAUUACCCAUCUUUGCACAGCCAGUACCUUUUUCACACUCUUGUCCUGGCUGCCAACCUUCUUCAAGGAUACAUUUCCUGAUGCCAAGGGCUGGGUGUUCAAUGUAAUCCCCUGGUUUGUGGCCAUCCCCUCCUCCCUCUUCAGCGGCUGUCUCUCCGAUCACCUCAUCGGGCAAGGGUUUGACACAGCCUCGGUCAGGAAACUGAUGCAGUUCUUCUCAAUGGGUGUCUCCAGUAUCUUCACCCUGGCCUUGUGUGGCACCACCACCUUCUCCACAGCUGUGGCCUUUGUGUCCGCAACCAUGGGUCUCACCACCUUCAGCCACUGUGGUGUUUCUCUGAACGUGCAGGACCUGGCCCCAUCUUGUGCUGGAGCUCUGUUUGGGGUUAUGAACACAUGUGGAGCAUUCACCGGAGUUAUCAUGGUGUAUUUCUCGGGAUACUUGAUUGAAGCGACUGGGUCCUGGGCGUCCGUGUUCGCCCUCAUAUCCGUGGUCAACCUCCUGGGGCUCUGCUCCUUCCUGUUGUUCGCUGAGGCCCGGCGGGUCGACAUUGAGGGGGUCAAGUCCAAGUAUCACAACAUUCACAUCUGAGCACACCAUGGGCAUGGUCUCGUGGGAUCCGUAGAUUCUGUGAGUUUUCUCAUCUUCUGACUAAAGGGGAACAAGUGGAGAAUGAAUCCUUCACAGAUUCUGUCCGACCAACUUCAUCUCAACUGGGUAUUAUUCUUUAGUUUUUCUCUAAUUUUGCUGGGUGUUGGAUUACAGGGUGUAAGACAGGGGCUGGUACUACUUGUAAGGCCUGCAGAUUUCAUGGCAGAGAGAUGAGGAAAUGUAGUACUUACUUGCCUUCAUAUAAGGAGGAUAUUAUUCUACUGAAAGCUUUGGGUUUACACUUACAAGUGUAGCUUGUUGUGUGGAGAUGCAACAAGAAGUGCGCUUCAUUUCGCACCUGCAGAGCUGUCACUGCAGGUGGGGCUAUGGCUGCCCCAGACAUGGCCAAUUUUGAGUGGCAUCUAAUUAAAAAUGACUAAUUGCCUCGCUCUUAUGCUGACUUUCUGUAGAAUUCACCUGUCAUAUUUCUCCAUAGCAAAUAUGGUUUCCGUUCAGUUACUCAUUCUCUUCAGAGAUGGAUCACAGUUUUCACAGAAUGCCAUUUUCAACAAUGCUGUCAAUUUGUUGCUAAUGACUAAAAAGACCAAAGCUUUUUUUUUUUUUGUUAAAGAUGCAUGGUGUAUGCCAGAAUACCUCGAUUUGCAAUGUUUUUUUGUCAAAGUGCAUGUUUUUAUUUUAUUUAAUCGAAUACAGAAGCCUUGCUCUCAUCCUUCGGAUGAUUGGUUGAUGUUUAAAAAGUUUACUGUGAAAGUGACCAUGUAAGGGUCAAAGCAGGUACAUGGUGUUGCAGCAGUGACUUCAGAGGGUGUGGCCCAACCAUGUUAAUGUGAAUGUGCCUCUUGUGCUGGUCUGGAGACAUUACGUCUUAAGUGUGGAAGGCAGACCUACGUCAGUGCAGGCAACACUCUCCUGAGUGUGUUUGCCCACAUUGGCUAGGCCACUUCCUGGCCUUAAAAUGCUAUGGCAGUUUGAGCUCUUCAGUCAGUUUGGUUAAGUUAAUUAAAUAUGUAUGUGGAAAACUCCUAGCAAAAACGAUUUGCUUACUCCUAGCAGCCUUGUGGGUUGAGGAUGGUAGACAUAGAAUUACUAAAAGCCUUGGUUGAAUGUGUGCAAAGGUCAGAGUGCUGGAGGCAGCUGCAAUCCUGGAACGCAGUGAUGCACUUGUCCAUUUAGGAUGCCAUAGAGUUUCUAACCAUAUCACGUUGAGUCUUUGACCAAAUGUAAUGUAUGCUAAUAUUUGUGUUCAAAUAGGUUUUGUUUCAAGCUUUCAGCAGGCAUUGCGACUGAGACUGCAGUCUGCUUUGGAUUGAACAGUGUUGUAUGUGAAUGUACAAUAUUAUUUACCUUUAUCCUACAGAGGGGCUCAGUAAGUUAUUUUAUGUGAAACCAAAUAUUGAAUAUGACAUUACUUUUGCUAAAUGGAUAUAUUAUUACUUUUACAUCAUUCAUUAUUGUAAUUAUUUAUCUUGAGUUAUGAUAAUAUGAAAAAAGUAUUUUUGCGGUCCUUAGCAUUUAUUUAAAAUCACAAGGAGUGAGGAGGCUUUCACAUUGGGGUUAAUAUACAGUAGCAUGAACGGAGUACUACUCUUGUUCAGUCACACACUGUACUUGUGUCUACUUUCUGUAAUUGUGUUUUUAAAACUGCUGUUGUUUCACUUUAGUUUUUGGCCAAUUUACAGACCAUGCCACCAUCAGCUUAGCACAAUGUUCGAGGAAUAUCAAUGUUCAAUGCUCAAAAAGUCGUUUUGUUCAUUCAGGUUAAUUGUGCCAUUAAACACAAUUGCAGGCAUGUUGUGCACACAAUGUAUGGCUAUGCAAAGUUACUGAGGCAGUCUCCUGUUUCUCAGUGACCCUUUAUAAGGGAAGAGCCAGGUUACCCAUGUGUCCCAGCCCCACUUGAGAGAGGAUCUGCUCGAUUGCCUGUACAUACUGAAAUGUUUCGACAAUGAAAUAAGAACAACAACAGCUAUCAUAUCCACCAAACACAAUGAAAAUGGAGCAGUUCAGCGAAUGGGGCAAUAAAUCUCUGACUUGAUUUCAUAAGGUGCCCCACUCCACUGAACCUCCAUCCACUGCAUUUCAUGGAGCAGAGUCCAGCUUCCUAGAAAUUAUGACACAUCAUAAUCUGGUCUAACCCUCUUUCAUUACGUUUUUCCUCAUCUUAAGGGGCAACUCAUCAGAAAUAUCAUGGUAUAGUCAAAUGGUCAAAUGGCAUGUAUACUGACUUUAUUUUCUCUUUCUGAAAGACACCUUGGUUACUCAGUGUCUCAGUCCUUCAGUUCCAGGAACUGGUGGUGACCGUUACUGAUCUGAACAGUUACUGUAUUCCACAUAGAGGUCACCUGUAUAUCAGAAGCAAUCAACAUACAAAUGUACAAAAACUGUAACAUGUAUUCUUUCAUGAAAUAUAUGUGUCUAAACUUGCUCUUAUGAGUCCAAGUACACAUUCAAUGCAUUUAGCAUAACAUUCUACAAAUCUUUGCAAACACAGAAACAUAUUUUAUGUAGAGCUGAGGUGAAUGAUAAUAGCAGAUGAUAAUAAUAAAGCCAUGUCUUAGAUAGUGUAACUGCUAACCAGUGCUACAACUACAUUUUUGUUGUUGUUUGUGUAAAGGCUCAAUUCAGUAAAUCCACUCAAUUUAUUUAUUAAGACCCAAAUACAGGCAUCUCUUUCUUCUGUGUAUCUUAUCAUGAACAGCAAAUACGAUUAGAAAAAAAUAGCUGUAAACCACCAACCCAUAUUACAUUCUAGAAUAAUUUUUUUCCACAAAAACAUAUAUGUACAAUACAGAAAGCAAAUAGAUUUUUAAGAUAUUUAAGUAAUGCAGUUUUCUUUUUUUUGCUUUGGAAAAUGAAUUGUAUUUAUAAGCAUAUUUUGUUGAAAUUUAAAUAAAAUAUAUUUUAUCAACGGUUUAAAAUGAGAAAGAAA